CAACUCGCCGUCUCCGCAUCCCUUCGCGCGCAAACUUUCAUUAUUUACCAUCGCGCACACCCCUCACCAUCCCACCCACCGUCAUCAUCAUCCUCUCCUGCGCACCUCCCGACGCCCCGCCAUCAACCAUCGAAUUAAGAAUACCCUGCAUGUCCUGGCUGCUACACCUCAUCUUACAGCACGUUGUUGGAUUACAAGUCCUUCAACAUGCCUAGCCCUGGAAAGCGCACUCAACGCGCCCAGCGCGAUUCGACGCGCAAGGAAUUGGUUUCAGACCGUCCUGACGAUUCCUCUCCCUCGCGCCCCGCCAAGCGCAGAAAGAAGGCCAACGAACCUUCGCCUUCUCCAAGAGAUAUUGCAGAUGACGAGCCCGAGUCUAGCAUUGCCCAAGAUUCUAGCCUACUUGCCGACGACUCUCUAAAUCAUGCGAAAGCCUCUGACCUGGUUGUCGACAAAGUCAGCGAACACCUGCUUGCCCCUCAGAACCAGCUCGUCCAGGCAACCCAGGACCACUCCAAUGCACGACUCAGCGGCGAGGAUGGUAUCAAUGCCUUCGCCAAGAUUGUCGGACUUGGUUGGACCUUCUAUGUAAAAAAAACCACCAUCAACAUUGGUCGCUCCUCAGAUCCACCGCAGCCCAUCGAUCCGGACGAUGACGAAGAAUUUAUCCAUAUCGAUCUCGGACCCAGCAAGAUGAUCUCCCGCCGUCACGCGAGCAUCUUCUUCAGUUCCGAGUAUGAUAGUGGGAGAUGGAUUCUCAGGGUCAAGGGAAGGAAUGGCGUGAGGCUCAACAUGAGUGGAUUGCCCUUGGAUGCUGUAAAGCCUUUGGGUAGCGGCGAUGUGCUCGAGAUUGCAGGCAUUGAGAUGAUGAUCGUUCUGCCGGAACAAGAACCUCUAAGGAUACACGAGACCUAUCUGCGCCGCGCUGGACUGGCCGAGAAGGACCUCCCCGACUCGGCCCGUGCCAAUCUUCCAGUCUCGGCGGCUGGGAGGCCGUCGUCUUCGCAAAGCCCUCACCAGACCAGACAGGCUCGCGGACAGCAGACCCUCGCGCCCGCUCCGCCAAACUACAAGCGCCCGGGCACGCCACCGUCGAGGACCAAGUACAACCCACAUGCCAAACCAUCGCCCAGCAGACCGACCACUGCGGGCAGCAUGAUCUUGAGCACGAACGACAUGGACUUGAGCCUGGACGAGAACAAGGGUAUCAAGCCUCAAUACAGCUAUGCUCAGAUGAUCACCCAGGCCAUCAUGAGCACCGCAGAAGAGAAGCUCAACCUGAAUGGCAUCUACACUUACAUUAUGAACAACUAUGCCUAUUAUCGUAAUCAGCAACCGUCGGGAUGGCAGAACUCAAUUCGUCACAACCUUUCUCUCAAUAAAGCCUUCGAGAAAGUCGCAAGGUCCACCGACGAGCCUGGAAAGGGAAUGAAAUGGCAGCUCACCACCGAGUGCCGGGACGAGAUGGUCAAGAAUGCCUGGAAGGGAGGCCGUGGUGGUCACCGUGGAUCGUCGAACCCGUCUUCGCCGAACCAUCUCAACUAUAUUACCCAGGGCCCGCGGGAUAUGGCUGCCAGAGAGCCCAACUCGGUUCGGAAGCGCAGAGUCUCGCCGUCGGGAUCCCCUCAACCUCGCUCGACAUUACGCCUGUCGCACAUGACGCCUGACCGCACCCGACGUCUCGAGCCAGACAGCCAUGCAGAGAUUGGGGAUGGCAGUCCCCUGCCGCGCCAUCGACAAUCCGCGACGGCUUCCAAUGCCAUGGACGAGGCCCCUCCGCGAUCGCCUCUCCUCACCUCUUCGUAUCUUCAGGAAGACGGUGCUUCGCUCGUCACUCCUGCCCCCCUCAAGGUGCAUCCUCAGCUCGUGCCUCCCAGCACCCUCCAGCGCCCCAGCCAGCACAUGCCGACGUCUUCACCGGCUCCUUUUUGGAAGUUCGCAGAGUACGGCAGCACGCCCAUCAAGCCCUUGCUCGAUAUCAGCCCGUCGAAAAACCUCGGGCCCAUCCCCCCGAGUAGUAGUCCACCUCGGGCACUUAAAUCACCAGCCGGCAGCCCGACACAGAACAGUCGCCCAGGAACUGCGGCAACGCAGGAUACCCUCAAGUUUGAGGAUGCGGAGGACGACGAGGAGGGCAUUGACCUCACAAAGGGUUUCCAGAGCAUCAGCUCUUAUCAUGAGACGCUGAAUGCAUCCAUGUCCAAGAGCCAGUCGUUCUCGUCCGCCAACGGGAGCAAGGCUUAGACGCCACGAUUGUUUUCUGUCCACCAACCCGGGCGAGACUUAGGCGCCGGGCACCCCCUGGCCUCGCGGUCGUCGUGAGGGCGAUCUUUUCCCGUGUCGCGCCUACACAGCCUGUGACAAGGCUGCAACAAGUAUGUAGUACUUUCUUGUAUUCGUUUCUCUUUUGUCAAAUGCCUGCCAUUAUCAUGCUCGAUUCGUCACUUUUGAUUGUCUGCAUUGAAUUCCUUCAAUGGCGUUAGGUGGAGAAUAGCCAUGCUGGUGGGUACUCAAAAACCGAUUCCCAGGCGUUCAGGGCAAAAUAAUUGAGUUUGCUCUUUGGUGUGGUGAUAUAGCCACUACGAUUAUGAAGCAUGCUUUACGUGUAAUUAGGCCUCCGGUUUAGAGGCACAAGAUACCUCCUGAACAACGAAGGACAGACGGGACAAUCUUUGGGUUAGGAGGCUUACAGUCUUUUUGCCUUGAAUGGAUGAAAUUUGUUUUUGAUUGAGAGUAGGCUGCGGGAAGUUGUCAGGUCUGGGCGCAUUCUGGCUGCUGCGAUGAGAUCUCAGGGGGCGCAAGAUAUAGAAACGCAUAGUUUUGGGUGCUCGUGUCCUGAAAAGGCGCACACAUCUACGCGCUUCAUCUAGAAAGAAUACUGAGAAUUCAUCACUGCUCACGGCCC